AUGCCAUAUCCAAUGGAACAAAGAAGAGAUAUUUUGGAGUGCUAUUUUUCAGUUAAUAAAAAUCUUGCUGAUACACUUCGUAAGUUUAUGAGGAGUUAUCCAGGCAGAAGAUUACCAAGAAGGUCAACAGGACAUCAAUCCUCUCCUCCAGUAAAUCCUGAAAACCGCUCAGAUAUCAUGGAAAAAUCUCUCAACUAUACUUCAUCGUCAGUAGUAGACUACAGCAAUAUGCCACUGUCAUGCUAUCAUAAAUUUGGUGAAGAGAGCAAAUGUAGGAGCCCUCACAGUAACAAAAAUUUCCUCACAGAAAUUCCCGCACAGCUCUCACCUGGUGAACCAAAUGAUCUCUCGAUGUCCAAAAAGGUCCUUGGAGUAGACGAAUCCAUGAUGAACAAGACAUAUGCAAUCGAAAAGAAGUUCCAAGAUGAGAGGGGGUUCAAAGACAAGGAGUGAUUCGAUAUUUUCGAGAAUUCGACAACGAGAGAAGAAAUACCUGGUACAAGAUCACAACCAUGAGGAUAAUCAAAAUAUUGAUGUUAAUUCACAAAACAUUCACUUGCUAAUUUGUAAAUCUGUCAUGAGUUUCAAAUUUAGAUGAAUAUCAAUGAGAACCUAUAGGAGUUGAAAGUACCAUAAAUUGUAUAAAUUUGAAGCUUCUAGGAAAUUGAAUAGGUGAAAAUAUUUAAUGUAUGUAGCAACAAUUGUUUUCUACCUGCGAGAGAACCAAAAUUGAUUAUCUCCAAACUGUUGUAGGUAACCUCGAACUCAUCUUCU